UCUGUGUUGUUGUUAAAAAUCGACAUCAAAGCAGCUUUGAAGCCUCCAGGAAGAGGCGCUCCAUCUCGGGGUGUUCCUGGUUAGGAUCUCGGUGUCUCUGCCCCUCGGGGUUUAUGGUUGAGAGGCUGCUGGGGGUAAUUGAGUCCUUGCACAGUGUGUGUAGGUGGCAGAUUCUCUGCUGGGCGACCCUUUAGGAAAUGAGACAGGCUUGCUUCAAGCCUUCCCCAGGGUGUUUGUUUUCAUGACUGGGAAACAGGAGUUUUUAAUAACUCAAGGGAAAAACCGCCCAGGUUCUCUUUCUGGAAUGAUGCCAGUCCCAGAUGCACCCGAAACCUGCAGAGUUGAGGCACCUGUGGGAGCCCAGGCAGGGAGGAGCAGCAGACCCAGAGCACCUGCAGUACCAGAUCCACAUAGGAACAAGAAAGUCCACGUGCCGGUCACUGAGGUGUUGAAUCCCCGAGAUUUUGUGUGCAUUCAGGCUCUGCCUGACCUUGCUCAGAAGGCAGGAAAGGUCUUGGUCAGAGGCAGAACAAUCUACAGAAGCAGCGAACCUACAGGAGAACAAGUGUUCUGGGAAAACUACCGUAGGAGGCAAAAGCAACUCACUGAGGGAUACUUCACCCCCCCUGGGAAGCCUUAUGUGGAGCUCGGAGAGAUUCUCUACAUAGAACCAAAGAAACUGACCCUCUACUCUUUGGGGCAGCUGACACAGGAACCAGUGGAUAAAGAUGUGCAGGAAAAACCACCUGAAGAAGUGGCUGAGGUUACUACUAACAACUACUCUUCCAGUCGAGAGUCUGAUCUACCAGAACCAUCAAAGAAGCUCAUCCAAGUUAGAGAAACAGGAAAGGAGCUGAGGACUCUUAGCAAAGCUCUAGCUCGCUCAAGGCAUCAUCUCAGUUCCUUGAAGCGAGGUGGGCAAUACUUUCACGUACUUCGACAGGAAUCCCUGCAGAAGAAGAACACACUGAAAGCAGCCAAGCAGGCUCAGGGCACAAGGUGGAGGACUGAGUUACAGCCACCCGAAUACUCCUCUGAUGUGAAGGAGGAUUCAGAUGAAGAAAUAAACACCUGCUCUCUAACAGAAGGCAGCCACCUGAGGGUUUCAGGGAAGAAGAAAAAAAAGAUGACGUUACAGUCUUUCGCUGCUCUUUGUGCCAGUGUCUUGAUUCCAAACCCUCCUGGAGCAAAAAGUGAACAUCUUUUCCGACAGCUGUGUGCCAUACAUUGGCUUUUGGAAGCUUUGACUCUUGAAUCCAACAAUUCAAUGAGUUCUAUAUUAACCUGUUGGAAUCCAAUAAACCCUGGUGGCCGCAAAAAAACAGUGAGAGAAAUCAAAGAGGAAAAGUUAGCCACACUAAUGCAGGAGCUCUUUGUUACAAACAGAAAGAAAAGCACCUGGAAAGCACAAUACAGUGUGUUUAGAAGGAAGGUACUCCAGACAUCUGCUCUAGGUAUCCCUCAGCUUAGCCAUCAGUCAUCUCUGCACGGUCAAACCCCUCGUGGCAGCAUAACUUCCACUGUACCUUGCUCUGAAGACAACAUCAAGAUUAGUGUGUCUUCAUCCAAUGUUACGAGUGAGUCAGAACAAGCUAAAGAACAACCUCUCUUCCCCUCCCUGCAGAAAGGCACCAAGAAAACAGAUGAAGAGGCAUCAAAAGAUGUCCAUGGACAAGAAGUUAAGGUUAAGAAGACUGGACUGCAGCUUUUGUUGCCAGUGGCUCAGGAGAAUCACAGAGUAAAUAUGCCAUUCAUUAAGGACCGAGAGAGGACAAUAGCAAGGAAGCAGAGGCCCAGAAGUUGCCAUAUCAGCUCUCUCAUUAAAAGCAAAUCUAACUUGCGCGACAACAUGAGGCAAAAGUUUGCAGCAGUACAUGAAGCAGCAGCUUGUCGUUUACAUGAUACCCUAGAGAGCCUUGAGAGGAGUCAGGAAGAGCGAUGUUAUCAAAAAUACCAGGCUUUGAGGCACUUGAAAUACUUCACAAAAGACAUGGAAAGAAUAAGACAGCUGGGCAGGGAAACAGAAUACGAUGAAAGUGGCCUAAACUGGGUUCUUCUAUUGCUUGCCAGACUCCCCGAGUCUGUGAAGAGUGACCAUUACGUACAGAAAAUCUCAAAGAAACUGGAAAAAUAUGGCAAGAAUCCUGACCUGAAAAUUCCCCCCGACACCUUUGUUAAGGUUCUGGCUGAUCUACCGGUGUGGGAGCUGUGUUCUCCAGAAAUUGCUGCAGCUGUGGAGUUUGUACGUGAAAAUAUUGUACAGAUGCCGGAAGAGGAUUUCAGUGAGUGGCUUCAGACAAGAGUAACCCCACUCUGUGCACAGUCCUCCACGUUUUAAUCCAACAGCCAGACGAGAUGGUUUUCCACCUACAACUGUCUUCAAGCAUAAAAAUGCUGCCUCAAGGAAGACUAGGGAAGGGAGCUAACUUCAGGAAGACCCACUGACCACUCUUGCACAACUGAAAUUCGUCCUUCCUCAGUGCUCCACUGGCUGGAGUCAGCCAUAGAAAAUAAAAGCUAAAUACUGACUUUGCUUUUUGUAUUGUGUCUUGGACAUGCUGUCAAAUUUCAAUCUCAUCUAACCAUGGAGGAUGAAGACUGAGUUUCUAAUCACAGGUCAGGUCAUUUCUUCAGACAUUCCUCUAUACCUACAGUUUAACAAAUACUUAAUACGAUUUUACUGAUUUCCACAUCUAAAUAGCAUUGUCUCUGUUUACUCUUUCAUUUAGCUCUUCUUUAUAAAAAAUAGCCCAAGCACAGGGUAGUUGUAAGCUUUAAGACAAUUCUUUUUUAGCAUUAAUUCUUUUUUGUAAUUGAGAUGUUUUAUUUUUGCGUUGCAUUUAUUCUGUAGUUAUUCUGUGAUGAUGGAUUAAUUCUUGCCUUAUUAAAAUCAGCAUUGAAAAACCAAGCAUCCUCAGAUGCAUUUCCAGGUUUUCACCUGAAGACAUAUUUUCCCCUGCCUACCUUAUGUAUGUUUGCCAUUGCUCUGCUGGGUGAGACAGUAGAACAACACCCCUGAACUUGCAGAUAGUGCUAUCUGCAGGAUCUCUGACCUUUGUGAACCUGUCUGGGCUUAACUGUGUGUUUCAUGGUGGGGUCACAAUUGCUGAGUGAUGGAAUCAGUGACCCAGUGACCAUCUAAGCCGACGAUCUUAAUGAGUUGCUUACCUGCCUGCCAAAGCUUCCAGAGGACCCACUGGGGAGAAAUGCUGUUGAUCCUACAGUUGCAAUAAGGGGAAGGAAUGCCAGCUUAGGCCAGAUGCCUUGGAUUCUCCCAAAUACUUCCAUAGGCAAUCUCACAAUCUUCAACUCACUGCUCCUGUAGACCCUUUCAAGGUAGGUUAGAAGUAACCUGUUUAACACACGGGAGAUGGAUGCACCAAGAGUCCGGCCAGUUUGCUAAAGCUCAACAGAGUGUGUUGGAGCACGGCUUGGGUUAGUGUUCUGUCUGCUCAGCCUUCCUCCCAUUCUGUUCUGGUCCUUUACAACUUCAGCUAAUGGGCCACCCAUUCACAAAUUCCAUCAGCCAAAACAUACCACACAAGUCUGGGUUGGUCACUUGCUUCACACGCUGGAGGGGUGCUUGGGGGAUUCAAACACUGAACUUACAAAGAAUCUUGAUCCUUUUUCCUGCUGCCUGAUAUGUUCCCAGUGUGAUCCAAACCCAACCCUCCCCAGAUCGCACCUCUGUGAAACUGAAAUAAGAACAUUUUCCUGGGUCUUACUAGUAGCAGGGCAGAAAAUUGCUGUUGCACAAGAACGGCUUGGAUAUUAGUCUGGCAAACGUUAGAGGAAAACUCAUCAAUUAAAAUAGUAAGUAAGGCCUCUUUCUCCAUUCACUCUUCCCUUCUGCUUCACAAUGGUACUGAAAUCACCAUCUCUACACUCUUUUCAUAGGAAAGAUUCCAUCAUGGUAGAAAAGAAGCCAACCAUCCUAUUAUAUCAACAACAAUACUCCCACUGUGUUUUAUCUUGGACAUAAAAAGCAGCAUCUUAUAAAUAGAGAUUAUAAAACAAACAUCUCUGUCUUUCCUGGAGAUAGGCUGUUUGAUUGUAAAUUAAAGUCUCAAUCAUUGUAGGCAUGUUCAGAAAGCAGGAUGCAUCUUUCUAAUUAAGAUUUCAGCUUUAUGUAUCACCCGUCUGUUUGGCUGUCUUGUAAAUUAAUGGCAUUAUGCCAGCAUGUUUAAGAGAUGCAACUAUAUUUGGCCUCACACAUUAAUAACAGCAAUUCUUUUUUGCUAAGUUUUAAUAAAUAUCACUGUUGUAGUAUUGCAGAAGAUAAAAGCUCAGGCUCACAAACACCAGGAUAUUUGGGCUUUGGCUCCUAUUAAGUUCAAUGGAAAUGCUUUUAUUGACUCUGAGUAUCGAUUACUGUAAUAUCAGACUAAGUUGUUAUGACAAGUGCAAAGACGGAUCUUUUAACCAGCAGCUCAAUCUUUUAUUCAAAGCACUGAGUAUUUGUAGCCAUACUUUUUGCUAGGCAGCAAGCCUGCACAGAGCAAAAUAAAAAUACACUUCCCAGUAGGAAAGCUGACCAACCACCAAAAGAACGCAAUCAAAGAGAAAAAAAGAUGUGACAGAAGGAACGCAGCUGGGAAAGAUUCUCAGAUAUUCCAGCCUUAAUUUUCUCUCUCUGGUGAGUCGUCUUCUCGUGUGCCUAAAAGCUUCCAGCAAAGGACCAGAGCUGGACUCGUACCAAGGGCAUGAGCUUAUUGAUCUGGGCAAAUCCUUCAGCUGUUCAGCGGCAAAGAGGAUUCUGUACAGACCCCUUCUUCUUGCUGAAGUCCCCAUCCUACUCCUCUAUCUACAGACUUCCAAAAACUUUAUUUCCUUGUUCUGCAUGCUAAAAGGUUCAGAGACCACUUCAAGUGGCAUUUUACUGGGAAGCAUGUCUGAGUAAUGAUUUAAUGAUUUAGUACUCUUAAGGACUGGUGUAUGGAAAAUAAUAGCCGAGCUGGUUUGAAUCAUCAGAAUAGAAAUAAUGACACCAAAUGUGUAUGUAGAUAGGACUGUUCUUCAUCCACUGCCUGGACUGCAAUGGGUGGAAGUAAAGCUUAAUAUUUUCCACUUUGGCUGGAAUUGAGUUGCCUCUUUGAAAGUAAUAGCAGGCUCUGUGUCAGGGAAGGUUAUCUUAGCCAGCCUACUAUGCUUGUCAUCUAGAGAAGCUGGAAGAACACUUUUUGGAAGUAGAUAUCUUACCCUCUCCAUUUCUGUUACAACCCACAGAAGGGUUGGCAUGGCUUGUUCCAUCCCAACCCUCAGUUCUUCUGAGUAGGAAAUGGGAUUUCCUCCUGUUUCUAAAUUUGCAGCCCUGUGUCUGUGCCUGGGGGGUUGCUUUUCUUUAGCAAAACCUUGUUUUCCUUCAUUUAACUGACUGCUGGCUGAAAGAAAUCAAUGUCUAACCUUCUCCUGAAAAGAUCAUAAACAGCUGAUCACGAGAAGCCGGGAGGACAUACCAGGGCCAGAGAAAAACUAAAAUUGCCUGGUUUCUUGUAUUCUUAAUCAUCUGUCAUUGGCCAAUGUCAAAGAUGGGAUGUAGAUGAAUUUUGGUCUACCUGACACCUGUGUUUUAUGACAAAAUUGGAGAGGGAGGGAGAAGUUGAAACUGUUGGGUAAUAGUUCAUCCAAUGUCACCAUAACGUGUCUGAAGUUGUAUUUAUCUAUUCAUCAGGGUAACAGGAAGGAUAUUAAUUCGGAAGUCCUUUCAACAGUUAGAAGCAAGGAAUGCUCUUUUACAGUUACACUGAAAAGGCAGGGAAACAGCGUUCAUUGCACUGAACCAGCCACUGAGUUCUGUGUUUUGAGGAUGCCACCACAGCUGACUCACUGUCUUCCUUUUUUUGCGGUUCAGACUGGAUAUCAGAAAAAAAUCUUUCACGGGAAGGUUGUUGGGCCCUGGAAUGGCUGUGCAGGGAGAUGGUGGAGUCACCAUCCCUGGUGGGAUUUAAAAGGUGGGUAUACAAGGUGUUCAGCGGCAUGGUUUAGCAGCAGAGAGGAAUGGUUGGAGUCGAUGAUCCAAGAAUCAUAGAAUCAUAGAAUAGUUUGGGUUGGAAGGGACUUUAAAGCCCAUCCAGUUCCACCCUCUGCCAUGGGCAGAGACACCUCCUACUGGAUCAGGGGCUCCAAGCCCCAUCCAACCUGGCCUGGAACGCCUCCAGGGAUGGG